UUUUCGAGAACUCUUCAGGAAAUCUGUGGUAUUGAGGGUUAUUAAUUUCCCAUUCAUAAUCAUGAGGGGAGUGAGGAGCAUACUUCUCCUGCUGAGUCUUCUACUUGGUGUUCAGACCUUUCAUAUUUUGAGAAAACCAAAAUCCAAAAAUCAUCAAGAGAUCACAAGAAUGGCCAUUCUACGAGCUACUGCAAAUGUCUGCAAGACUUUGGAUCCAGGGUUCAAAAAGCCAGAGGAGCUGGACACAAAGACACUGGCCAAGGCCUGCAAUCACAAGAAUUAUGAAAGUAAUUUUGAAAUGGGUGUAAAAAUGAUCUGCUUUCACAAUGUGAUGAUAGACAUUAAGCAUGUCAGCAGUGAGAAACACCAUUUUGACAGUGAGAAAUUUGAAGGUGGGAAAGAACUUAUAAUCAAAGGAAUAGAUGAUAUAUCCAAUCAUGUUUCAAAUGGGAAAUUCGAUGAUGCAAGAAAGGCACUUGGGGGAAUCCUGCAUACUUUACAGGAUUUCUACAGUCACAGUAACUGGAUAGAGUUGGGAAAUGACAAACCUUACACUGCCCUCAUCAGUCGGAAGACACAACUGUCCAACCUUGCAGGUGACAAGAAAACAUGUGUGGAGAAUCCUUCAGAUCAUUCAUCUGGGGCAAAACUUCUGGAAAGCAUUAUUAAGGAAAAGAUUCUGACAUCAGGAUACUUUGGGAAAAAUAAACCAAAAGGGAAGUGCAGUCAUGGAGGAGCUUUAGAUUUCACUACUGGCCGUGGGAAAAGCUGGGAUGGCACAAAUAAGGAUUUCAAUGAAUCCAACCACGGUUCAUUGCAUGACAAAGCUUCAAGUGUCGCCAUCGAUGCCACCGUGGAACUGCUGGAGAAGAUCCAGAGAAAAAUUAAGAAUGACAAAUUCCUCAGACUGGUGGGGCUUCACGAGGAAAAGCCAAAAGGAUCAUUGAAAACUAAAUUGUCUCCCUUUUCCCUCGAAUCAAGAUAUAAGGAUAUACAGGGGCAGCCAAGUUAAAACGUGGAAGUGUAAUAGCUAAGCAUUCACAUCUUAUGAUCUCGAUGUUGCUUGCUGAAUGUGUCUCUUUCCUUCUGUAAUUCUAAAAGUUUAAUGAAAACUGUUUAAUCAUCAGUAUAAUUACAGUAUAUAACUAAACAAAGGGCAAAAUGUUUGUUGGUUAUAGUGCCCUACAUUUGAACCAAGAGCUCCACUUUUCCACUUUUCUGCUUCAGGUAGUUUAAAAAGGAAAUGUCCUUAAUUCAGAUAUUCUGUCUACUUCCAAGAGUGAUAGGCAGACUCUGAGAUCUGACAGUCAGUCUACAGUAACUAGUGAAAACAUCUGAUGUGGAUAAUAACCAUGCAUUACUCUUAAUUCGAUUAAGUUACUUCUCUCUGUACUGAAUCAAUUGAAUUGCCUGGUUUGUUUUGUAUAGUUUUAUUACUGAUUCUGUAUGUCUUUCACUGAUCAGAAUUGCUCAUUAAAUCUCUACACAUG